GAGAGAGAGAGAGAGAGAGAGAGGAAACAGGAAAAAGGAACUUCUACUCCCUGUGCCUGGACGGAGCAGUGAGAGAAAGGGAGAGUUCUAGUGCUUCAGUCAUAGAGGAGGGAUGUCUAUGUUUCUUUUUGCUUCUCGCAGGGUCUCUGCGCUCUGAAACUCUGUGGAUGUACACACUCUACUUGUUCAUGCCCCUCAGUUGGGGAAAUAUGCCUUACCUGCCUGUCUCGAUCACCGUCUGCCUGCUGGGCUGCUUCCUUACAGGUAGCGCUCUGGACAUCUCAGACGUGACGCUGAUAAACCCAGAUCCUGUAGUGUCCUCAGGGGACGCAUCUCUUCUGUGCGUGAGCAGCGACUGGACGUCCUCCGGUCCGGCCUCGCUCGCCCUGGGCCAUGAGUUCCCUCAGAUGAACAUGCUCAGUUCCGCAACAGACGCGACAUACCGCUCUGCAACCAGUUUCACCUGGAAGACUCGCAGUAACAUAUACGGGGCUUUCUUUUGUAAAGUCAAAAGCUCAGACAGUGCCAAGGUGUACACGUACAAAAUGUUAAACGAAGCAUCGUUUCUCCCCGAGGCACUCACAGUGACGGCCAGCGUCGGAGAUAACGUGACCAUCAUGUUCACAAGGAAAAAAGUGGCCGAAGAGGACACCAUUAUCUACAAGGAGGCUUUGCACUCCUAUAAAAACGUUGUGAACAAAGACCCGUCGUUCGUGCACUCAGUGCCCAGAGACGACAUCGCGGAUUCAGUUUCUUACCUCAUCAACAAUGUGCAGAGGUUUCAUGCAGGACUCUACACCAUCCGCUACAUGUCAGAAAGCCCUCCGACCUCCGCCAUCACUCACCUCAUUGUCAGGAGCUGCAAGGAGGGCCUAUGGGGUUCUGAUUGCACUCAGCUGUGCCCGGCCUGCACUAACGGAGGAGUGUGUGAUGAUAAAACAGGAGAGUGCGUCUGUCCACCCGGAUUCAAGGGUCGCACUUGUGAGACAGUGUGUGGCGAGGGCCGCUUCGGGAAGGCGUGUAAGGAGCACUGUAGAGACGGCAAGUGCCGCUCCAUGGUGUUCUGCCUCAGAGACCCGUACGGCUGCUCAUGCGCCUCAGGGUGGAGGGGUCUCAACUGCAGCGAGGAGUGUGCACGCGGGUACUACGGCGCUGGCUGCAAGCUGAAGUGUGAGUGCGGCGAGAACAAUUGUGACCGCUUCAAAGGCUGCGUGUGUCCUGGGAGGCAUGGUGCCCGAUGUGAGAAAGAAGAUAAAGCUCCUGUCAUCAUAAGCAAUCUGGAGGAUAUUGAGCUGAACGCUGGAGCCCCGUACACCGUAAACUGCUCUGUGAAACGCCAACCAGCACCUUUACAUGGAGAAAUCAUCCUGCUCAACCCGCACAAGAGCAUUAUAUACCCCAUGGACACGGACACAGUGGGUGACCAGAGUAUCUCAGUGUUCAGGGUGGACAGGAUCACAGUGAAUGACGCCGGACGUUGGGUCUGUCAGGUGAAGACCACCAGCGUGGAGAAAACCUUUAUGGUCACUGUUAAAGUUCCUCCACAGCCUCAGUACCCUCCUUCCCUGAACAGCAGCGGGCCGAACUACCUGGUAGUUUUGGUCAAUAGGGAUUCGUACACCGGGGACGGACCUGUCUCCUCAGUCAGCAUCACCUACAAGCAGGUCAAUUCGUCCACGUGGGAGACGGUGCAAGUGAUUGGCUCUCGGGUGAAGCUGGAGAAUCUUUAUCCAAUGACCCAGUACAUCGCGUAUGUGCAGUUAAGUCGCAGCGGACCCGGAGGCACCGGAUAUCCAGGACCUGAGGCUAAAUUCUAUACACAGAAACUUGACCUCCCUCUACCUACAGGUCUGAAACUGACCCCGCUGAAUCAGACCUCUCAGUCCCUGUCCUGGGAUCCUGCCCCUGUCGCGGAUCUGGCUAAAGACGACUGGUAUUACGAGGUGGUGUGUGAAGAAGCGGAGGGCUCCCGCAAUCCGUGGAACUUCAAGCUGCCUCUAAACUCCACCGGCAUUCAGCUGAAGGACUUGAGACCCAGAAACAAGUACAAGUGCAGGGUCUGUCUGAGCAACAGGGCGGCGGGUCACAUCUGUCCCACGGUCAGCGCCUGGACCCUCAGCGAUGUGAUUCCUCCUCCUCCAUUUAAUGUCUCCACCUCCAACAUCACCGACUCUUCAGCCAACCUGAGCUGGUCCAUUGACGAGGGUUACUCUAUCUCCAAGGUGAUCAUUCACUACCAGCAGGCGGAGGAGGCGGUGUACAGCCAGCAGGUGGACCUGGGGGUCCAGCCGUUCCAGAAUUCCAUGCACUUCAUGCUGAGAGGUCUGAGGGCUGACACUAAUUAUCUGCUGGAGCUCUGGACUGUUAAUAACAUGGGGCAGAGUGAGAUGAAGGAGCACGUGCCUUUGAAGACACUAACACCACAGGAGAACUCACGCCUGUUCGGGUUCAGAGCUGAUGGAAACAUGCUUUUUUUUGCUAUUCUGGGUUCUGCUGGAAUGACAUGUCUCACCAUUCUGCUGGCCUUCUGCAUCGUGCUCCAGCUCAAAAGAGCAUCCUUUCAGAGACGUAUGGUGUGUGUGUGUGAGAUCAGAAAACUAAGAGAGGAACCCGUGGUCCAGUUUACCUCCGGGUCUCUAAACGGUCAGAAGAAAGUGGCGAACUCGACCCAGGCCGUGUCCUACCCCAUGCUGGAGUGGAGCGACAUCAAGUUCCAGGAUGUGAUCGGAGAGGGGAACUUCGGCCAAGUGCUCAAGGCGCGCAUCAAGAAGGACGGCCUGAGGAUGGAUGCCGCCAUCAAGAGGAUGAAAGAAUACGCUUCCAAAGAUGAUCACAGAGACUUCGCGGGAGAGCUGGAGGUUCUGUGUAAACUGGGAAAUCACCCCAAUAUUAUUAACCUGCUGGGAGCCUGUGAGCACCGAGGUUACCUGUAUCUGGCUAUUGAGUAUGCUCCUCAUGGCAACCUGCUAGAUUUCCUAAGAAAAAGCAGGGUACUGGAAACAGACCCAGCAUUUGCUAUUGCCAACAGCACGGCCUCCACGCUCUCCUCCCAGCAGCUGCUACACUUCGCUGCCGAUGUGGCUCGAGGCAUGGACUACCUGAGCCAGAAACAGUUCAUCCACAGAGAUUUAGCAGCCAGAAACAUCCUGGUGGGUGAAAAUUUUACGGCGAAGAUCGCCGAUUUCGGGCUCUCGCGAGGACAAGAGGUGUACGUAAAAAAGACCAUGGGCCGGUUACCUGUGCGAUGGAUGGCCAUAGAGUCUCUCAACUACAGUGUGUAUACAACCAACAGUGAUGUCUGGUCAUACGGAGUGCUUCUCUGGGAGGUGGUGAGUUUAGGUGGCACGCCGUACUGUGGCAUGACCUGCGCUGAGCUUUAUGAGAAACUGCCUCAGGGGUAUCGCCUGGAGAAACCUCUCAACUGUGAUGACGAAGUCUAUGAGCUGAUGAGACAGUGUUGGAGAGAGAAGCCUUAUGAGAGACCUUCGUUCGCUCAGAUUCUGGUCUCGCUCAAUCGCAUGCUGGAGGAGAGAAAGACGUACGUGAACACGACGCUGUAUGAGAAAUUCACCUACGCAGGAAUCGACUGCUCUGCCGAGGAGGCCGGAUGAGCUCCCCUUUCUCUCUGCGCGCCUGCGUUACUGUUCACUCUGUGCCUCGGACAUGUAUCAUAAAGUUUAUCACAGCAAUCCUGGGGAUCAGGAUCACGGACUAGAAAUCCUUUUUUUUUUUUUUUUGCACACAUCUUGUCUUUUUUUCUUGUAAUUAUGAUUACUUAUUGGAGCAUACUGUAUGUCUGUGUCUUCUCAUUCGAAUUAUGCUGUGAUGCCGUGUGAGUGUGUGUGUGUGUGUGCUGUGCUGCAGGAUAAACUGUAGAUGAAUCGAAGUGUUUGAAAAUCCUAAGCUGGACGUGGCAGCCAUUUGGAAAGUUUUGGUUGCUGUAUAUUGGGCAUUGUGCAAAACAUGUUGGAUAGCUUUCAGUGGCUUUUAAAGGACCAAUAAACUUCUUCUUGUGAAA